AAAAAUUAACAAUAAUCGAGAUAUACGAUUUGAUAAAAAUUGGAGAAGAACGAAGGUUCGUUCCCAUGGAUCGAUAAAAUUCGAUUGUCUUGGUCGAGGUUUGCGCGCGAGGGGGAUGCUAAACAGCGCGGUUUGUUGCGCAUCGACGCCUCGUCUUCGGUUGGAAACGUUUUCACUCAUUCUCGAACGUUCCGAGUUCAUAUAUAAACUCCAAAGAAAUUUGAAUAACAAUGAAGAAAAGGACAUUUUUUUAAAACGCUCGCGCGAAAUCGUGGAACGAACGCUCCUAGUUGUACAGUGUUCAAGGUGAAAGCAUUUCAGAGUGCGAGAGAGAAAGAAAGAGCGAGAGCGAGAGCGAGCGAGAGAGAGAGAGAUAGAUUGAUAGAUAGAGAAAGAGGGAGAUAGAUAGAAAGAGAAAGAGAGAGAGAUAGAGAGAGAGAGAGAAAAAGUUGAAAAAAGAUGUCGAGCGAGGAAGAAACGAAGGAAAUCAGGGAGACGACGACGAAAGAAGGAAAGGAGACUGCCGAAGAGGAUCUGCAGAUAUUCGAAACGCUUUGUAUAUCGUCGCCCGGAAAGGAAGAGGCGAUGACCCACGACUUAAUUACCACGUUGAGGAGCGAGAUAGCAGCCCUCGAAUAUAAACGGGACAGGCUGAUGUCCGAGCUCCAAGAGACUAAGAAUAUCGCGAGAUCCCGGGAUCAACGAGUCGUGGAACUGCAACUGGAGGCUGAUCAACUUCGAGAACAAGCGGCCAGGCAGAAUUCCAUCGUUUCGAGUUUAAAGAAACGAAUACAGGAAUCAGAGGAGCGGGAGAGGAAUCUUUACGCCGCCCAAGGGAGGAGCGAGAUCGCGUUGCAAAGCUUGGAACGAGACUCGAGGUAUCACGAGGAAAAGGUUCGUGAAUGCGAGAAGAGGAUACGCCAAUUGGAGCGGGAGGCGUCGGACGAGAGGGAAUCGAAGGAGCGCGCCCGUUCCAGUUUUCAGGAGUUCGCCGGAAAAUUGGCGGGCGCGUUGACCGUGGAGUAUCGGGAAUCCGUCCAUCCAAGCCCCGAGUUGGUGAGCCAAAAGGUGGAGGAGUUGGUGCAGGAGGCGAGCCGCCUUCGGUCGAGGAACACGGGCGUUGAGGCGCAGAUGGCCGCUCUGGAGGUGGAGUUCAGGGGCUGCAGGGACGCCUUGGACCGCGCAGUGGCCGAGAAGGAGCAGCUACAGCGCCAGGCGUCCUCCCAAUCCGUCGAUUUGGAUCGUCUCAAACAGGACAAGGAGUGCCUCGAGAUGCGGUACAGGGCCGCUGAGAGGGAGUUGAACGAGUUGAGGGACAAGCUGAUCAGCGCGAACAGGAGCAUAAGCACGGCGAGCGGGAAUAUAUCGAGCCAGGAGGCGUUGAUCGGCCAGUUACGAGAAGAUUUGACGCAGCGAGAAGAAAAGUGUCAGCGGUUGCAGACCGAGUUUCGACACUUUUUGGAAUCGUUGGCGAUGGUGGUCAGCGGGCCGAACAGAUUCAUCGAGUCGCAGGAAAACGCCAUUAAGGAUCGCGUGAGGGAGAUCCUGGCCGAGAACAAAGAUCAGGCCCUUACCAUUCAAAACCUUCGCGACAAGGUGAACGCAGCUACGGAAUCGACGACUCGACAGAGCGAAUUGAUCGAGGCGACGGUGGCCAAGAUGCGAAACAUGGAUACCGAACGAUCUGAAUUGGAGGGGAAGGUUCGAAAGAUGGAGGCCCAGUUGACCGAUUGCGAGCUGGCCAAGGAACGUUCUCGAAGGGACAAGCAAACGUUCGUGACGUUCUUGGACCGGUUGGGUAAAGCGAUGCAAAUGGACGAGAUCACCGAGGAAAUGGGUAUCGAUCUUCAAACGGAGUCUCUCUUGGUACGGGCCGAGCAAUUGGCCAGAUUGGAGAGCGACAAGUUGGUGGACAAGACGUCGGUGGUCUAUCAACUGCAGCGCCGCGUGAGGACGCUACGAGAACAAUUGCAGCGCAGAGAUCUUCACUUGGAUCUUCUUCGUAGAAAAUUAUCGCUUCAAGAAGAGAGCGUCAAGAUGAAAUCGUUGCUCCAAAAUGAAAGGGACGAAGCUUGCCUCAGGGCGAAGAAGUUGUCGAAGCAAACGGAUCGUUUGCAGGCGCAAAUUUUGGAGGAAAGAUCGAGAAAUCGAGAAUUAAGCGCGCAAUUGACGGAGGCCGCGGAUUACAAGAUAGCCGCCUUGGAGCGGAGUCGAAAGAUCGACGAGCUUCAGAAACGAUUGGUGGAGAGCGAGAUGCUGAGGACACGAUACUCGAGAAAAUUGAGCAUGUUGAAGGAACAAAUGAGAAGCGCAACCGAGACCGCCGAACAAGAGAGAUCCAUCAGCGAUCACUCGUUGCAAUUGCUGAGGGACGAGUUGGCGCAGGUUAAGCAAAAUCUUUCCGAAGUUACGAAAAGGGAAUCCCAAUUGCAAAGCUUCCGAGUAUCCGUGACGAAAUUAUUGUCGGAACCGAUCUGCACGCCCGAUUAUGAGAUAAUCUCGCGAUUGCAGAAAAUGGUAGCGGCCCAUCGCGACUUCACCAUGAUUUCGCGUAGAUACGAGGAACCGUUGGAGACCAGCCCGUCCAGAUGUACCAGCAUACACGCGAUGCAUCCUCCCAGAUCGCCAGGAUGCGCGCGAUACGAGGACAACGGGUUCGCAGAUCCCCCGGAUCUUCGAGACAUCGAAGACGAGUUCAACAAACGGCCGGUACGAAGCAGCCUUCUCCCGUGACGUCGGCCUAUAUUUCGAUGCUAAACCCCUCUCCACUCCUAAAUCGAUAUCUCCGUCCGAGUCUAUUGUUUAAAAGUUUUUUUUUUUUUUUUUUUUCUUUAUCGAACGUACGAACGACCGUUUCAUUUCUCACACGGCGAUCAUAGUAAGUCAUUGUUGAACGCGCGAUUCGACCGUGUGCGCAUGUGCGUAACACGGAGUUGGCGUGCAUAGCGUGUAUUGUAGAGUGGAACAACCGCAUUCCAGGAUGGUAUAGACGGUAGAGAGCGAGAACUGAAGUUGCGCAGCCUGUGCUGCGCAAUGCAACGCGAGGCCGAGACGGGACGAAGAGAACUAGUUUGCCUAGUUGCGCGAAUCCUAUGAGGAAACUCUAUAUAUCUUUCUUACAUCGGUCGAAAAAUUUAUUCCACAUUCUCGAAACUUUUUCGAGAGUAUAUCUUUUUACCAUUCGACGAAAAUAGGUUUCAAGGAAAAGGGUGAACGUAUUGGGAUAUAAUUUAUGAGGGAUGUAUCUUUAUAGAAAUAGGUUAGGAAAGGGCAUCGUUCAAAGUUUCGGAAUUUUAUUAGGGAGAUGGGGGUGCGUGAUUUUGCGGAACGCGUUUCUUGCCUGGAAGAGAAAUAAGUGUGCGUGUAUACGUAUACGUGUACGACCACGAGUUGAUACGACUGGUUAGCCGUGAACUUGGCCAAGAGUGAACUACCUCUUCCUCUGCAGAAUCGUGAAUGCAAAGUCGCGCUAGCUUUGGCCUCCUUCUUAUUUCUCGUCUGUACGAACGCGUGCGCUGCAGUUAUUUUGA